UAUAAUAUAGAAGUAUGCCAUGUCUUUAGCACCAAGACAAAGUAUAACACAAGUUUUACCUUUAAAAUUAUUCAAAUUUGUUGACAAGAAAUCACCUUCCCUAUCUUCACAAGUGUAUGAACAAGUUCCAUUAAAUUUACCAUUACCAUCUAUUGGUGACAAAUCUAUUUUAACUCUAAACUGCCAGAACUUUGUUUCAAAUAGUUUAGCAGAUAAUUUGAUGGAAGAUACAGAUAAUAUAAAAUGCACAACAGAUCAACUGAAUGUACAUAAAGAAGAUAAAGAUUGCAAUAUUACAUUUUUUCAAAGUUCAUCUCCAAUGCAAGAUAGCACUAUUGAUUCUUUUAGUUGUAAACUUACUGACAAACAAAUACAACCAAUUAAAACAAAUGCCUUAUCAUCAUCCAAUAGUAUUAUUGAAUCAAACACUCGUGAUUUUAGUGAGCAGGUUGCUGUUUAUGUUCCAAGAGGUUGGAACAGAGUUACAGAGAAAGGUCUUAUAAACUAUAUAAGUCCGAACAAAAGCCGAAUAACAUGUCUUGAAGAUAUGCUAUUUUAUCUGCAAUAUGAUGGAACUUGUAAGUGUGGUUUAAAAUGUCCAUUGCAACCAGAAAAGGCAUUUAAUUUUGAUCCAAAUGUUAUGAGUAGAUUCAGUGAUGAAUAUGAUGGUAACAAUUUAGAACCAGAUUGUGUUGUAUGUAAAAAUUUUGAAGAACUCUAUCCACCAGCUUGUAAAGUAAGAAAUGAAGGAAGAGGACGCAAACCAGGUAAAACGAAAUCAGUUUUAGCAGAAAAGAAAGUUAAUGAAAAAAGAAAGUUUCUUACAAGCGCAUCUCCUUUGUCGAUGUUUCAAACUGGAAUUGAUGCUAUGAAGAUUGCAUCAGUUAAUGUUGUUCAGCCGAUAAAACCUAUUCAAGAAUUUCUUGCUCAAAAUUUUUCUGAAAAUGUGGAGUCAGUGAAACCUUUCGAAAAUUCUAAACCAAUUAUAUCUUCAUCUAAUGAAAUCAGUCAUACUAUUCAAGAUUUGUUGAGUAGUGACAAAGACAGAAAAACUAAUACAAUGCAAACUAUGAAUCAAAAAAGUGUUUCUAAUAAUGGUUCACUUUCAUUGCCAAUAGGAGUUGAAAUGCCUUUCUCAACUUCUUUAAUGGGUACAAGAAAGCGUGUUAAAAAACAAAAUAAAGAUGACUUAUUAGUAUCAGGUUAUCCAACAAAAAAGGUGUUUCAAAAAGUUCUUCAAGAUGCUGUGGUUCAAAAAGCUAGUGAUUUACAGUUAAAAGCACUAAAUCAAGUAAAAACUCAGAGUAUGGAUACUGAAGUAAUUCCAACACUCCGUUCUAUUAGUACUAUUCAAAGUACUCAAAAUCUUCAGCAGCAUAUUGUUUCACAUUCUUUAGUAUCUGAAGGUUCCCUAGUUAAGGAACUGCAGCAUGCUUGUUAUCAAAUUAACUCAGUUGAUCAUCAGUUUUUAUCAAAACAAAAUCAGUAUGAUUCUAAUUCUUCGAAGGGAGCAGUUCCAUCAGUUAUAACAAAUGCUUCAACUUUAUCUUCAAGUUCAACUAUUUCAGAUCUUACAAAUAACGCAAGCCGUGAAUCAAUAGUUUCAAAGCUAAUUGAAAAAGACUCAGCGGUGCUCAAGUUUAACCCUGAGCAUAAAACAUUAACAUCAGAUUUAUCGAAACCCUCAGCAAAUAGGCCUUUAUCGAUACCUAAAAGUUCCCCCCCUUGUAGCACUUUGAAAACUCAGGAAAAUCAACAUAUGUAUUUGGUUCAGUUAGUCUCUCAAAAUAGUAAUCCUAUUAUUACUUCGCAAACCCAUAAUAUGACUUUUUCAAAACCAUUCCAUUCCUCAAGUCCAUAUCAAUCCUUUGUGUCUACACAAGGGCAGUUUUUGUUAGUGAAUAAUCAAAAUGCAACACCCUCAUUGCAAUCUCAGCAAAUAAAGACAUCAUUAGUAAGUAAUACAGUAGCUAACUCUUCUGUAGUUAAUAGAACUCUACAAAUUCAAGGAUCUUUACAAACUUCAAAAAAUCAAUUCACUUCAUCAAAAGUCAACUUGCCACAAACAUUACCUCUUCAUUAUGUUACUACAGUAAAUGGACAAAGUUUGUCUCUUUCUGGAGCAAUUUCAUAUCCAGUUAUGCAAUAUUUACCAAAAGCACAAACAAGCCCUGUUUCAUAUUUAUACCCUACUAUUAAAGCAGGAGAAUCUCGAUUUAUGGGAUCUGGUAGCAAUUAUGUUCGCAUUGCCCCAGCAACUCAAUCGAUGACUGUUCCAACAACAUAUAAUUUGUUCGAAAAAGAAAAAAUGAUUGGCCAAGAAUCAACAAAUGCUACUGGAGAACUAUUUGAAAAGUUUACUGCUGCUAGUGUCCCUGUGUCCAUUUUAUCAGAUGCACAAACAUUUGUAUCAAACAUCUUUCGAGAAACAGAAAAAUCACCCACAAUAUCUUCUGGUAAAGUUGGAGUAUUGUCACCUGCAUCUCCAAUUUAUUCUGGUUAUACCAUAUGUAACAAUGUUAAAAUAAAUCAUUCUACAAGUUUGCCAGUAUUUCAAAAUGGUGAAACUCAUAAUGUCAAAAUAUUCUUUCAAAACAGCAACUGCGAUAGUAACAAAGUUUUGAAAAAAGAAAAUACGCUGACAGAAAAGAAAUCUGAAAGUUCAUCUAAACAAAUAAAUGUGUUGUCUCAUGAAUCUGCAUCUCUGACUAACACACUUUCUUCCAACACAAAGGCUUCAUCUUUUUUAAAUACUGAAAUAAGCAAGCAAUCAGUUCAUCAAGUUGGGGACAUUGUCUGGACUCAUUUACCUGGUUACCCAAAAUGGCCAGGAAAAGUGAUAAGUGCACAUACUAUCAAUAAAGGAAAUCCUGAAGACGAAACGAUGCUUUACGUAAGUUGGUUUGGAACAAAUCAAAUACACUUGGUUUACCAGAGCCGUUUGAGUUCAUUUAAAGACGGUUUAGAUUUAUUCAUUAAAGAGUCUAACUUCGAUCGAAAUAGUAUAAAAAGAAACAAUAAGAAACACUUAAACGACUUUGAACGUGCAGUGUCCGAAGCAUUAGACGAGUUGCAAAAAACUAAGGUGGGAUUUUAUGAGCAUACUUGAGAAUGCAAAAUAGACUCAAUGAACGCAACGAAGUGAGGCAAUAAAAUGCCGAGACAACGUUAGUUGGUAUAUUUUAUGAAAUGUUUAAAUUAUUUAUUUUAAUCGAUUCAUCAGAAAUCUUGUAUUUGGCUAACAAAACACGCUAUGUUUUUAUAGUUGAAAAACAUUUUUGAAGAAUGUUAAGAAAUUGUCAAAAUUCAAAAUA